AUGUUCCAAUUCCCAUCGUCGUCUGGGAACGAGAUCCCGGACCUCGACGAGUUACUCUCUGAACAACCACCCCCACCUACCACGCCUGCUCCUGCCAUGUCAGGACAUCACUGCAUCACCCUCGCCGCCAAUCCCCCCUACUUUGAUGGCGACAAGUCCAAGUACCUGGGCUUUGUGGACGCAUGCACCACUUACAUUGGUGCCUAUCGAUCGGAGUUCUUGUUGGACGAGACAAAAAUCCUCUUCGUCGUUUCCUACCUCCGUAAUGAAACCGGCACAAGCUGCACCGCCUCAAGAUGGGCGAUGAACUGGAAGCAGCACAAUUUCGAGGGCUUCCAAGGACUGAAAGCGGGAGUCACUGCGACAAGCUUCUUAGAGGAGCUCCAGAGGGCCUUUGGGGAUUCUAACGCAGAACAAGUUGCCGCCGCUCGGCUUAUGGCCCUGCGCCAGAAUAGGCGAUCCUUUGCAGAUUAUAUCUCUGACUUCGAGAUGCUGGCUGUGGACGCAGGGUACAACGUGGUCACCUCCACCAACAGCAAGGCCGAGUACAAGAAGGGGGAUCAGGACAACAUCCUGAUCGACCGCCUCUACAACACCGGUGUUCCCCUGCCCAAGGUAUACGGCGCCUUCAAGAACUGGUGUGUCAACAUCAAGGCCAAUGCUUUGCGCAAUCAGCUGCUGGCGCCCACACCCGCUCCGACCCGGCUGGCUGCCAACGAACCGGUCCCGAUGGAAAUCGAUCGCACCCAUGCCCACGGCCGCAAUAUUAUCUGCUACAACUGUCAGCAGCCUGGACACAUUGCGUGGAACUGCCCGGAACCAAGGAAGAAGCGCACGUUCUUCAAUCGGGCCACAAUGCUAGAAGAGAUCGAGAACAGGGACAAGGACAACAAGUUCCUCAAGGAGAUUGCCGAGAAGCUGCGUGCGAAGGGUUUUUGA